UUUUUCCCGGAAGUUUAUGAGCGCGUCUUCGAGAACAGAGAAGAAAACAUGGAGCUCUUUGUAAUUUCACCAAAUUUGAGGUUUAUUAACCCAACUGUCGCCCCAGGCUCGAGUGUCAGCGAUCUCAUCGAGCAUUUUACCGUUAAAGAGGGUGUCUCCUUCACGGAUUUCUAUGUGAAGAGUAAUGGCCGAGUAUCUCCCAGUAAUGAGUUGCUACGGUCUGGAGUUGUGUACCGUGUGGAGCCUCGGUUAUGUGGAGGCAAAGGAGGAUUUGGCUCUAUGUUGAGGGCCCUCGGUGCACAAAUCGAAAAGACCACUAAUCGUGAGGCCUGCAGAGAUCUGAGUGGAAGAAGACUGCGAGACGUCAAUCAUGAGAAGGAAAUGGCAGAAUGGCUGAAAAAGCAGGCGGAUCGAGAGGCAGAGAAGGAGCAGCGUCGCCUGGAGCAGAUUCAGAGGAAAUUGGCUGAGCCUAAACAUUAUUUCACAGACAUUAAUUAUGAACAGCAGUGCCAUGACCUCUCAGAGAGAUUGGAGGACUCUGUACUGAAAGGCAUGCAGGCUUCCUCUAGUGGUCUCGUCAAGGCGGACGAGGGGCCGAGUCGCAAGCGUCCAACACCAACAGACAGCCAAAAGAAAACAAAGAAGAAAUGUUUCUGGACUGGCCUUGGAGGACUGGAGGACGUAGGCAGCUCUGAUGAAGGAAGUGAAGACAGCGACAGCGAGGCCUCUCCAUCCACCUCUGGGGCUUCAUGUAGUUCAGAUGUUCCCAAACCAGCUGUGCCGCCUUCUGCCACCAGAGAGAGUGAGAGGACAGACCCUCAGGACCAGCCCAGCAGCACCAGCAGCUCCUCCUCCCAGAGUCCCGCACCGAGCUCCCCAACACAGGUGGAGGAGGAGGAGGAGGAGGUGCAGAAGGAGGCCAAAAAAGAGUGUACAGUUGAAACCAGCCAAAACGCCAGCACAGAAGAGGAUAAAUCACAGGUUGCGCCCACAGAAGCACCAAGCGGCCCAGCCGAGACCAGUCAGGCACAGGAAGAGGUGGAGGGACCGUUGGAUCUGCUUUCUGUGAGUGGGCCGGAGCAGCUGGAGGCUUUGGGUCUGGAGCGGCUGAAGAAAGAGCUGAUGGAACGAGGGAUGAAGUGUGGAGGGACACUGCAGGAACGGGCUGCGCGUCUGUUCUCCGUCAAAGGACUUAGUCCAGAUCAGAUUGACCCUGCGCUCUUGGCCACCAAGGGCAAGAAGAAAUAACCUGCGUUUCUUAAGCCAGUGUUUUUGACCUGUUUUGCUUUGCUUGUGUUUGGUAUGUCUGUAGUUAUUUUUAAAGUUAUCGUUUAUAAAAAUCUAACACCUAA